AUGCGUUCCACAAUCGCCGUAUCCGUCUUUGCGCUCUCCGCCUCGGUUCUCGCAGCCCCUACUCCUCAGGUUGCUGCUGUCUCUGGCCUCGUUGGUGGUCUCACCAGCACUGUCGGCUCUGUCACCAACCCCAGCGCUGGCAGUGACAACUUGAUCUCUGGCAACGGCAACAACAACGGCCAGAACAACGGCAACGGAAACUCUGCUGGCAAUGCCAACGGUAACAACAACCAGGCUGGUACCGGCAACGCUGCUGGUAAUGGCAACACCUUCAACCUCAAGCCUCUCGGUGGCAUCCUAGGAAACGCCAAGCGUGGUCUUGUUGGCACCGUCGAGGGCGUCCAGGUUGCCGGACCUCUUGUCGGUGGCGUCCUUGACGGCCACGUGCUCAACGGCGUCACCGUCGGCCCUACCACCGACUCUCUCACCAAGGGUCUUCUCAGCCGUGGUCUUACCGACAGCCUUGACCUCAGCAAGCUGAGCCAGACCCAGCUCCUCUCUCUCCUCGGCCAGGUCACUGGCGCCCUCCAGACCAGUGAUGCCACUUCCGGCGUCACUGAUACGGUUAAGCCCGUCACUGGAGGCCUCUUGAAGCGCGAGGGUACCCUCCUCCCUGGUGUCACUGGCACCCUUAACGGUGUUAUGAGCACUGUUGGCACUACUGUCAACUCUGCCAAGGGAAACACUGGCUCAACCACUGACACUCUCAAGCCUGUCACUGGUGCUGUUGGAGAUCUCGCCGGCGUUGACGGUGUUAUGAAGCGCGCAGGCACUCUCCUCCCUGGUGUCACUGGCACCCUUAACGGUGUUAUGAGCACUGUUGGCACCACCGUCAACUCUGCUAAGGGAGAUACUGACUCGACCACUGACACUGUCAAGCCUGUCACUGGUGCUGUUGGAGGUCUUGUCGGCGUUAACAAUGUCAUCAAGCGCGCAGGCACUCUCCUCCCCGGCGUCACUGGCACACUUAACGGUGUUAUGAGCACUGUUGGCACCACCGUCAACUCUGCUAAGGGAGACACUGACUCGACCACUGACACUGUCAAGCCUGUCACUGGCGCUGUUGGAGGUCUCGUAGGCACCAAAAAUGUCUUGAGGCGCGAGGUCCUCGGCGGCGUCACCGGCGCCGUCAACGGUCUUGUUGGCUCCGUCUCCGCCACCGCAGGCUCCGUCACUGGUGCCACUGCUGGCAGCGGUAACUCGCUUCUCAACAACGGCAACGGCAACGGUCAGGGCAAUGGCAACAACAACCAAGCCGGUAACGGUAACGGAAACGGAAACUCUGCCGGCUCUGGCAACUCUGCCGGCAACAACAACGACUUCAACGUAAGUCCCGAAACCGAGCUCCCCAACAUCAACGGCCCGCUCGUCAAGCUGCCUGAUGUCAACGUUGCUCCUGUGGUCAAGUCAGUCUAG